AUGCCAAUCUUUACCAAUCUACGACCAUUUGUUCGACUCUUUUCAACUCAGCCAGUUCACCAUUUUCCACUUCAACCCGCUAAACAAAGAAAGACAACACCUUUUAGGCAUCCAAAGCGCCCUCAUAUCAUCGAUCCUAUCAACAUCGAUCCCACUGCUCGAGUCUUCUCCUUGACUGAGGAUCCCGACAUCUUAUUUGUGGUUAGAGAACCGAAAAGUCUCAAGACAUUGGAUUACGGAAGUCUCUCCCGCGACCCAUUCGAGUCUCUCGAAGGCGAACCAAAUCCAUCUGACUCUACACCAUCAUCUCAUUUACCCGGGCUAUCACAUCCGAUCCUUUCUGCCGCCUCACCAACGGUAUCUACAUACCUUCCACCACCUCUUCGCUCUCCUCCUCAACAUCCCGAGUCACUCACUCCUGAAAUUCUUCAAGAAAUCCGUUUGCUGAGACCUACUCAUUCUUUAACACAACUGAGUAAAAAAUUCGGUGUUUCUCGGAUCUCGAUUCAAAUGUUAGGGUUUGGUGAUGAAGAAUCUAGAACUCAGAUUGCUUUACGAAAUGAGCUUAGAAAUCAACGAAGGGAGAAACGAUGGAGUGUGUCAAAAUUGGCUCGGAGGGAGGAGAAGCGAGCUAGGCGAAGCUUAUGGUGA